UAUCUUAGUACCGGCGCAAACCCACAACAAACCACUGAGCAACAAACGCACGAGCCUACAUAGAAGGUCAUUCUCAGCUCUACCAGUUGAAUUAACCCGACUGUAACCAAUCCCUGAUACUGCAAUGGACGGCUUUGACAUAAAUUCUUCAGAAAAGGCUGAUGCUUCAGAGCUCCAAAGGAUGAUCGCAAUUGAACAACAGAAAGCGCAGUUUCAGGCCCAGGUGCAUAACUUCACAGAUGUCUGCUGGGACAAGUGCAUGGAGGGGAGCCCGAGUUCAAAACUGGAUUCACGGACAGAGACUUGCCUCGUGAGCUGUGUUGACCGCUUCAUUGACACUACCUUGUCUAUAACCAACCGGUUCACGCAGAUGGUUCAGAAGGGUGCCCAUUGAUGGGAGCUGGACUAUGGGAAAUAGACUAUAAUGUUCUAUUUUGUAAGAAAACUGUGUGUUAUGUUUUCCCUUAUGCCUCGAACCCUUAACAGCAUUGCCUAAAAUGGUGAUGAUGAUAUGCCACAUUACAAUUAUUAAAGAGGUAGGCCUAAAUUGGACAUGAUAUAGAAUCACAAAGUAUUUGGUUGCAAUACGGCUUUAUUAAAAUUCAAAUUAAAAAGUAGGCCCAAGAACUAUA